CCUGAAUACAGAGAGCCACAGACAUACACUCUGUCAGUGAGGUGUGUCAGAGUCCGAGGGCUGCACACGGGCACUCCCAUGGAGGCGGUGCUAUGUUGAACGCCUGCAUCAUGCAUCCAUUUGAGCUCUGAAGCCGCUGUGAAUUUAACCCAGUCCCAUCUUGUCAUGUCAGUCUCGGCUCAUAGAUAGAUAGAACUUUAUUUAUCCCUCAGGAGUUCCCUUGGGGAAAUUUAGGCUCAUAACCAUCCUUAUGAUGGUUGUCAUAAGGAUAAGAAGGAAAUAUGCUGUUAUCAUUUUCUUCAUUUUUGCAUUCAUCAUGUACUACAAGUAUUUCAGAGUUCCUCCGGGAGAAUGGAGGAUAAGCAGGAAGGUGGGACUCAGUGCCAACACAUCCCAGUUCACUCUGGAAGGAGAGCCCUUCCAGAUCAUCGCAGGAUCCAUCCACUAUUUUCGUGUUCCUAGAGCCUACUGGUGGGACCGGCUGAUGAAAAUGAAGGCCUGUGGCAUCAACACACUCACUACGUAUGUACCGUGGAGUCUGCACCAACCAGAGAGAGGGGUUUUCAACUUCAACACACAACUGGAUUUGGAGUCCUACAUCAGUCUUGCUGCAGAGUUAGGAUUGUGGGUGAUUGUAUGUCCAGGACCCUACAUCUCCUCUGAGCUGGACCUUGGAGGAUUACCGAGCUGGCUGCUUCGUGAUGACAACAUGAGGUUGAGAACUACCUAUGAAGGCUUUACUGAUGCUGUCAACACCUAUUUUGAUACACUUAUUCCAAAACUGGUUCACCUACAGUUCAAGAAAGGAGGCCCUGUGAUCGCGGUGCAAGUUGAAAACGGGUAUGGAUCAUAUGCAAAAGAUGAAGCUUACAUGCUUUUUGUCAAAAAGGCUUUACAGUCCAGAGGCAUCAAUGAGCUGUUGCUUACAUCAGACAACCACGACAUGAUUAGAUCGGGUGGUGUAGCUGGAGCUAUCAGAUCACUGAAGCUGCAGAGGUUCAAUCACAGGGACCUACAGGAGCUAACUGCUGUUCAGCCAAAUAGCCCUAUCAUAGUAAUGGACCUUUGGACUGGUUGGUAUGACGUGUGGGGUGACCUCCACCAUGUGCUUCCUCCAGAGAAUAUGAUGUCUACAAUGAAGGCCAUUCUGAGGCGAGGCAUGUCCGUCAACCUCUACAUGUUCCACGGAGGCUCCAGUUUUGGUUUCAUGAGUGGUGCAUUUGCUGAUCCAUCCUACAAAGCUCUGGUCCCCAGUUACGGUUCGACUGACCCUGUCUGUCUGACGUGUCACAAACAAAUUAAAAAAAAAAUGAUUGCAGCUUUUUUAGUACAAGAGAGCAUUACCAUUACCACCCAGCAGGAGGCAGUGCAAAAAUACAUUCUUUCCCCUCUUACCUUUGCAGACUAUGACGCUCCCUUGUCAGAAGCUGGGGACUACACGCCCAAAUAUCACCUCAUCAGAGAUCUGCUGUCUCACCACCGCAGAGGUGAGAGUCUCUUACACAUGCCAGCCCUGCAAUACAGACAGGCAUAUGAAGAAGUCAUCAUGUACCAACACCUGCCUCUGUGGGACGCCCUGAGCUUCACUGAGGGACCAGUGACGUCACACAGGCCAGUGAACAUGGAGAGUUUACCUGUGAACAAUGGAAACGGACAGUCCUCUGGAUACGUCCUCUAUGAGACCGUUGUCACCAGUGGAGGAUUGUUGAGAUCGGGAAACAAUGUCAGAGACAGAGCACUGGUGUUUGUAGACAGAACCUACAUAGGCCUCUUCAAACGGCAGACUGCGGAGCUGGCAGUCCCUGAUGGUAAGGGCCGACGAACGUUGAGUUUGCUGGUAGAAAACUGUGGACGGGUUCAUAAGGGGAGGAGCCUUGACAAACAACACAGAGGACUUGUGGGAGACAUUUUAUUAAAUAAUGUCCCCUUACGAAACUUUACAAUAUACAGCCUGGAUAUGAAACCCAGCUUCAUAGAUAGUCUUUAUCAGGCACCUUGGAAAAAUCUUCCUGAAAAUCCUGUCUUCCCCGGCUUUUUCAUGGGCAGAUUGUUUGUGUAUGGUUAUCCGAGUGACACCUUUGUGAAGCUGCCAGGCUGGGAGAAAGGUGUUGUGUUUGUUAAUGGACUAAAUCUGGGCCGGUACUGGUCCAUUGGACCCCAGCAGACUCUUUACCUUCCUGCACCUUUCCUCAAUGGUGGAAUCAACCAGGUAAUUAUCUUCGAGGAGCAAGAAGGAGACUACAAGGUUCAGUUUGACGAUGCUGCUGAUCUCGGUAUGGCAGCGGACAUCCUGUAAAAAGUGUAGUGCAUCGAUUGAACAUUUAGUAUGGGUUACAUCACUCUAGUUGAUUUGUAAAUGUAAUAUAAUGUAUCACUUUGUUACAAAGAUAAUAAAAAUGUUUGACUAAUUAUUGUGCUGCUUAUAUGACUAAUUCAUUUUAUUGAUUCAUUUUCAAAGGUAAUAUUGGCUGUGUGAGGAUGUCAGACUUUAGGGCAGGGGUGUUUUGGCUUGGAGCUGCCAUUCAAUAGACCAGAGUAAAGUGAUGUACCUACAUUGAAAACAUUAACUAGGUAUUUGCUUUACUUGACCUGAACAUAUGUUAUAUGUACCUUAUGUUGGGCCACUGAUUGGCCCAUCUCUGCCUAAACCAUCAUUGCCGAGUCGUGAUGUGAACAAACUCUGAGCAGGGUUUUUGUGAACAAUGAACAUUUGUACACAGUGUCACUGCAAAUCAGAGACAUACUUUAUCAUCAUCUGCAGGCCAGCCAUCCAUGGUGGAAAUAAUUACAUUCUGUAAUGAAGAGUUUUUUUCUUUGAGAAAAGUGCAACCAAUUUAUGGUAAAAAACCAAAAAAUUCCAUUAAACAAUGUACGACCACAAGGGGUGUUUGGUAUUUGUUUGUGUGAGCUGUGGAGUAACAGGAGUCCUAAUUAGUACUGGGAUUAGACUGCUAUCAAAACAGUAUUGUGCUGUACAGUGCCAGUAAGGAGGGACUGUCUCUACACACUCACUAAGUACAAGGAGCCCUUGUGUUUCUUUGUGUGUCUCCGUCCCCGACAGCCAGCGUGAUUUAGAACAACAGAGUCUUUUCUGAUGCUGAUUGGAGGACUGCCUGCUGUUGUAUGUGCAGAGGCAGCUCUGCUCCAGUACUUGUUGUGCCUUCUCUUCCUG